AUGCGUUCUUGUCCUUGGGACCAGGUUGCGGGGUCGGACUUUAAAAAUCCCGCCCCUAAACUACUCCCCUCGCCACAUUUGACUCUGUUCUCAUCGGACAAAUCGAGCUACGACAAUAGUACCAAAGUUGAGGAAGAGGACGACAAGAUUAAAGAGAUCCAACGGAGGCUCUCGAACAUAGGAGUUGCCACUCUAGGAAAACCGCAAAUUCGAUAUGCCCUCCGGUCCAAAAUCGCUUGUGGUCGUAUGAACGAAGCAUACGAACUGCUUAUUCUUCUUGAUGAUUCUCUCCACGGCAUCUUGAGAUUUUACAAACCUUCCAUUAAAUUACUAGGUGCCGAAAAUCGAAAUGGAGUCACAUGCUAUCUGGAUGCCCUUCUCUUCGCAAUGUUUGCUCGCUUGGAUUGUUUUGAAGCAAUCCUAUACAACUCGUUCGAUGAUGAACCUCGACAGAAUUUGUCAGUGCUUUUAAGGCUAUGGGUGAAUCUGUUAAGAUCUGGGAAAUUGAUUACCACCGAUUUCACGAAACAAAUUCAAGACGCACUGGCAAAGUGUGGAUGGCAUGCUACUGCGGGAGGGCAGCAGCAAGAUGUCUCCGAAGCGUUCACAUUCAUUACUGAGAAGCUCAAUCUUCCGCUACUCACUUUGAAAAUGGAUAUUUAUCAUACAGGAAAAGAAGAAGCAGGUGAUGACCAUAAGUUUAUAAAUGAGCGACUACUUGAAGUCGCAAUCCCUUCUGAAACGGUUGAUGGCAAGCCCAUAACUUUGGAAGCCUGUCUUGAAAACUACUUCAAUAGCCGUAUUGACGUCAAAAGAUAUCUGGAACGUAGAGAUACAGGGAUGUCUGUAAACUCAAUGGAUUCUGUGGCAAAGGAAUCGUUUAUCCAUGUCGAAACAACCGACCUAGGUACUUCGUCGCAAACCGCGUCUCCAAUUUCUGCAUCGUCUUUCUUCUCAAAAACCACCCAAAUAACCAACUAUCCUUCUCCUCUACCCGAAACAACCCAUCCAAUGAAUACAAACUCUCGUAUGCGCUCGACCAGCAUAGUAAUGGAAAGAUUCAUUCCUGAGAAUAAUCUCAAGGAAAAUGAAGGCAAGACUAAUGGGGUGACACCGAAUAAUGCCCGGAAAGGGAGUCUUCGCAAAGAGGUCAUGAUGCCUGCUUGGCAAAUAUUUAGCUUAAUACCCUGGUACACCGACAGUACACUCAGCGACGCACAAUCCGCUAUUCAUUUCUCUUCCCGAAGGCCUAUUCUUGGAAUCUGUUUAAAACGCUACUCUGUGCUCCCUAAUGGAAACGCAGUGCGCCUAAAUACCUUUGUUGAUAUCCCGAUUGAAAUUGGACUUCCUCAUUUCAUCCAGGAUGAUGAAAUGGAAAACGAAGGCCCGUUAUGUGGGAAUUUCAAACUUUCUCUACAGGCUGUAAUUUGCCAUCGCGGAAACUCCGUCGAGUCCGGCCAUUACAUAGCAUUAGUCAGGGGCACUUCGCUUAAUGACCCCGAUAAGUCUUCGAAGUACUGCCGUCACUGGAUGCGUUUCGAUGAUUUAGCCCAGGAAAGAAUCACACUUGUCGAUAUAGAAAAGGCGCUGGUCGAAGAGUCCCCUUAUCUCCUUUUCUACCAAAUAUUGCCCAUAGGCGAUGAUUCUGAAACAAUUUCCCGCGGGCGCCUCUCAUCUUCCAACGAAGAGGAGACGCAAACUCGAAAACUAUUUCAUAAUCCGUACCCGGAUGUAACAGUCUCCGCACAAUUUCCAGUAAAUGACAGUUCUGAUGUUGAAGCAGACGGUAUACUUCAUAAUCACUACCCUAAUCAUCGGUUCGGGUCCCCUGGCACGUCAUCUGGUAAUUCACAAAUACAUUUUCCUGCGGAAGCAAACGAUGAAUCUGUUGGUGAUCGAGUUAAGUCUACCUCGUCCUCCCAAGGAACGUCUACAUCCGCGAAUGCCGUUCGUUCAAUUGGCCGGGAAAGGUCAGAUGUGGUGGAUGAUGGGCACAUGACUUAUGCAUCUACGAGAAAUGAUACUAUAGUUGUUGUUGAGCCCACAUCCGACGUCGAUUUUGAAGAGAGCAACACCAGAAGCUCUAGGGUUGAAAGAAGAGCAAAGGUCAAACAUGCAAUGCUGGCGAAGGAAAAGCCGGAUAAUCCUGCGAAGCACCGAAGCCAUCAUUCUCUGAAGAAAGGAAGUGGAAAACCUGACCGGGAAUGUCUAGUAAUGUGA